AUGGCAGCAGCUCGUGCCAUGCUAGAUGACAUCCAUCAACCUCUGCCCACCCAUGCGGAUGACGCCAACACUUACGUACUGGGAAGCAUCAAGCAACAGCGGGUCGUCAUUGCGUGUUUACCAGCAGAAAAAUAUGGAACAAAUAGCGCGGCAACUGUAAUUACCAACAUGAAACGAUCUUUCCCAGCUAUUCGUGCCAGUUUGAUGGUCGGGAUCGGUGGUGGUGUUCCAAGCAAGUCCGAUAUUCAUCUGGGUGAUGUCGUCGUCGGAAUAAGGGUGAUGCAGUAUGAUCUUGGAAAAAUCGUUGGAGAUGGAAAGUUCCAGCGAACAGCGAUACCUAGAGCUCCUGAUAUGUUGCUCGGAACAGCUGUGUCUGCGCUUCGGGCGAAACAUGAGUUGGGACCGAGUCGAAUCCCGUCUAUCCUACAGCACAGGCUGGAAACAAACGUUGUGUAUGGCCGUCCGCAGGCACCAGACCGUCUUUUUCUAGCGACAUACGACCACGCAUCCCGGCUAUCCGCUAGCUGCGAUGAAUGUGAUCAUUCAAAGCUCGUGCCACGAAGCGAACGGAGGCCGAACGAUAUAGUGAUUCACUACGGUGCAAUCGCUUCAGGAAAUCAAGUUAUGAGACAUGGGGUCACUCGGGAUAAUGUUGCUCGAGAACUUGACGUGAUCUGUUUCGAAAUGGAGACAGCUGGCUUAAUGGAUAUUCUCCCUUGUCUUCCAAUUCGAGGGAUCUGCGAUUACUCUGAUUCCCAUAGGAACAAAGAGUGGCAACGAUAUGCCGCAGCGACUGCGGCUGCAUAUGCCAGAGAAUUGAUCGAGGAGAUACCCAUCACUGAGACACACGUGAAAGUGAAUUACAUACGGGAAACUUAUGAGUCGCUGUCAUCUGAACGUCGGCAGUGCUUACUAAAAUCCCUCGGAUUUGAGCAAAUUGACUCCCGUAAAUUGACCAUCAAAGCCGCGCACGCCAAAACAUGUCGGUGGCUUCUGAGCCAUCCGAGUUACGAAGAAUGGCUCAAUCCCGCGAAACUCAUACAACAUCAUGGCUUUCUGUGGAUAAGUGGUAAACCAGGCGCCGGCAAAUCGACAAUCAUGAAGUUUGCCUAUUUGAAUCUCAAACGCAAGCCCCACUAUACAAAUGCUGUUACGGCGUCCUUUUUCUUCAAUGCUCGAGGCGAGAGCUUGGAGAAGACGAUCAGUGGGAUGUAUCGAUCGUUGCUGCUACAGCUACUCGAAGGGUAUCCUGACCUGCAGACAGUUCUAGAUGAUUCGGAAAUUGUGUCUCAAACUCAACGCGGUUGCCCACCUCUGAAUGUUUUGAAGGAACUCUUUUACAAUGCUGUUUCCGCCUUGGGCAACCGCUUAUUCACUUGUUUCGUCGAUGCUCUUGAUGAGUGUGAUGAGCAGCAAGUUGUGGAUAUGGUCCAGUGCUUUGAAGAUCUGGCAGAACAAUCCACAGCUAAAGGAGUCGCGUUCCGAGUCUGUUUUUCUAGUCGGCAUUAUCCCUAUAUCGUCAUUCAACGAGGGAUUCGACUUACGUUAGAGGAUCAGCCAGGACAUACGGAAGACUUGUCAGCCUACGUCGCAUCCCGUCUUAUAGUUACAGAUGUUGCUCUGAAGGAGGAGCUACGAUCUAAACUUAUCAAGAAAGCUGCCGGGGUCUUUAUGUGGGUAGUUUUGGUCGUUGAUAUGCUCAACAAGGAGCACCGGCGAGGUGGAUGGUCUCUUAGGAGGAGACUCGCAGAACUACCCAGCGAUUUAAGCGAGCUGUUCAAAAAUAUCCUUAACCGUGACAAAGAAAAUACGGAGGCUCUGAAGCUUUGUGUCGUCUGGGUUCUCUAUGCAGAACGACCUUUGCAGCCAGAUGAGUUUUAUCAUGCUCUGUGGUCAGGUUUAUCACUGAAGGGUCUAGUUGACAACCAAAUUCCGGAUGUCGCUGCCCCUGACCCUAGCGAGUGUCAGGACAAAUUCAAGAGAUAUAUCAUUAGCUCCUCAAAAGGACUUGCUGAGACUACAAAAGCCAAACAGCCAACGGUUCAAUUCAUACAUGAAUCCGUUCGAGAUUUCCUGGUCAAAGAGAAGGGCUUACAAGAAAUGUGGCCCGAAAUCGGAUAUGAUAGUGCGAGCCCAAGCCAUGAGACGCUAAAGCAAUGUUGCAGCGUUUAUCUGAACCAUAGCCUAGUGCGCCAAUCUGUGAACAGAUUGCCAUCGAAGCCCAGUUCGAGUAUACAAUCGGACAUCUCACAACGGUAUCCAUUCCUGCAGUACGCCACUCAGCACAUUCUCCACCAUGCCAACGCCGCCGCGAAAGUGUGCCCUCAAGACAAAUUUCUUUCUGCAUUUACCGUCGCUGACUGGAUUGUCGUCAACAAUCUUUUCGAGAAAUUCAAAAUUCGAAGAUAUACUGCAAACGCAAGUUGUUUUUACAUUUUCGCAGAGAAAGGACUAUCUGAGCUCAUUCGUACGAUGGCCCAGGAAGACCCACAAGUUUAUAUGCCCUGGGAGAAAUACAAGUAUCCGCUUUUCGCUGCUUUGGCCAGUGGCAGUAGAGACACCGUCGCUGCUGUCUUAGACUUGCCCUCAACCAUCCGCAACGGAGUCAACAUCAUUGAGGGUAUUGAGUCCAAGAAAGAUUUCAAAGGAUACGAAAGUCGAACACCCCUUUCUUGGGCUGCCGAAAAUGGUUAUACAGAAAUUGUCAAGCUACUGCAAACAGACCAAACCAUCAAUCAAAUGGAUAGGUUGGGGCAUACUCCGCUUCACUGGGCCUCCAUAAAGGGCAAAGAAGCGGUAGCCAGGCUUCUCAUUGACAAAGGGGCAGAUAUCGAUGCUAGUGACAAGAACGGAUGUACAUCGCUUCACUUGGCCUCCAUAAAUGGCAAUGAGGCAAUAGCGAGGCUUCUUAUCGAGAGAGGAGCAGACAUCCAUGCUGGCGACAAGAACGGAUAUACAUCGCUUCGCUGGGCCUUCAGAAAUGAUCAUGAGGGAGUAGCGAGGCUCCUCAUUGAGAGAGGAGCAGAUGUCAAUACCAGCGACAAGUAUGGGGAGACAUUACUUCACUGGGCCUUCAGAAAUGAUCAUGAGGGAGUAGCGAGGCUCCUCAUUGAGAGAGGAGCAGAUGUCAAUACCAGCGACAAGUAUGGGGAGACAUUACUUCACUGGGCCUUCAGAAAUGAUCAUGAGGGAGUAGCGAGGCUCCUCAUUGAGAGAGGAGCAGAUGUCAAUACCAGCGACAAGUAUGGGGAGACAUCACUUCACUGGGCCUCCAGAAAUGGCAAAGAGGCUAUAGCGAGGCUUCUCAUCGAGAGUGGAGCAGACAUCCACGCUAGCGACAAGGACGGAGGGACAUCGCUUCACUGGGCCUCCAGAAAUGGUCAUGAGGCAAUAGCGAGGCUUCUCAUCGAGAGUGGAGCAGGCAUCCAUGCUGGCGACAAGGACGGAGAGACAUCGCUUCACUGGGCCUGCAGAAAUGGUCGCGAGGCAAUAGCGAGGCUUCUCAUCGAGAGUGGAGCAGACAUCCAUGCUGGCGACAAGGACGGAGUGACAUCGCUUCAUUGGGCCUACAGAAAUGGUCGCGAGGCAAUAGCGAGGCUUCUCAUCGAGAGUGGAGCAGACAUCCAUGCUGGCGACAAGGACGGACGACAAGGACGGAGGGACAUCGCUUCACUGGGGGCCUGCAGAAAUAGUCAUGCGGGACUGGCCGGGCUUCUCAUCAAAAAAGGAGAAGUCCACGCCAGCGACAAGAAUGGAUGGAUAUCGCUUCACUGGGCCUCAAUCAACGGCCACGAGGUGACAGUGAGGCUCCUUCUCGAAAGUGAACCCGAAAUCAACACUAGUGACAUCAACGGCUGCACACCCCUCCAAAAGGUGUCUAUGAAUGGUAAUCAAAUAAUAGUGAGACUUCUUAUUGAGAAAGGAGCGGACAUCAACAGCGGCGUCACUGGAUUGACAUCGCUUUACUGGGCUUCAAUGAAAGGCCACAAGGAAGUGGUGAAUCUUCUUCUCGAUAGUGGAGCAAUGGUCGACACUGGCGUUGAUGCAUGGACAACCCUCCAACAGGCUGUGCUAAAUGAUCAAAAGGCAGUGACGAGGCUUCUGAUCGAAAAGGAGCAGAAGUCAACACUAGUGACGGAGAUGGAUGGGGACCCCUUCAUUGGGCCUCAAUGA